UUACUCGUUUGUAUUGAAAAGAGGGUUAGCCCUCUACGUUUCGAUCCUGUACGAAGAUCUUCAUCAGGAGUGUCACUUUCUUCUCUCCUGAAAGUCGAUUAGUUUUCAUUAUGAAUAAUACUUGUUUAUCGUUUAGUGUUAAAAGGGUAAAUAAUUUAAUUACAAAUUGCUCAAAAUAAAUCAAAUUAAAAAACAAUCACAUUAAUAUUUACUUAAUGCUAUAUUUUCAUUGCAGGUGAGAUUGACGUCCUAAAACUAAGAGAAAAUUUGAAACGUGACGCAAAAGCGAUGGAAAAGCCUUGUCAAAUUAUAAACCGAAAUCUAGAAUCAAUACCAACAUUUACCACAUGUGUAUUACCAAAUAAGAAUGCUUUGACAUACGUAAAUUAUUAAAAGAGCUCGAGGUAAAUACAAACCUAAAAAACCACAAUCUUUAAGUGAUAUCAAUGUUCCUGAUGAUUUAAAAACAAUAGACGGAGAGUAGUUUUUAGUUUCAGAUACUAGUUUUGAUGAUAAUCGACGUGCGUUAAUAUUUUGUACCAAAAAUAAUAUAAAUGUAAUCUAAUAAAAAAAACCCUGAUUUGGAUAAUGGACGGCACAUUUCAGUGUUGUCCAAUAUUAUUCAAGCAAUUGUAUUCGAUUCACGGAAUAGUUGGCUCGAUGAUUAGGUCCAAGGAAAAUGUUGUCUUCGAAGUGCCAACACCUGAGCAACAACUCGAAUCUAUUUCUGCUCAUAACCUGGCGUGGGGACCGGAUUAUAAAAUCGUAAGUAAAAACAUCGAUGGUCGUAACAUCGAACACUUUGCAUCGAAAGGUCACUACAGCGAACGUGCUUAAUAUCGAAGUUAUACCUCAUAUAAAGCACUCUAUAUCGAUGGUCGUAACAUCGAACAAUUUGCAUCGAAAGGUCGCUACAGCGAAGGUGCUUAGUAUCGAAGGUAUGCCUCAUAAAACAUUCUGCAUCGAAAGUUUCCUCGUCAAAUAUUUCACAUGGAAGUAUUUGAUGAAGAAAGCACCUUAUAUCGAAAGUAUCCUACAUCGAAAGUUUGCUUCGAAGCCUAUAUCAAAUACGGUUCCUGUGUAAAAGCUGCCGCAAUAUUUAUGGGGCUUCAAACUUAAAGUGAACCAGUGUUUUACAAAGAAAAACAUAUUUUAUUAUCAUUUAUGUAUUUAUUAUUAUUUUAUAUUUAUUUAUUGAUUUAUGUAUCAAAAGUGGCUGCAAAUAGUUUCUUGAUGAUUUGUAGUUCUGCCCACCACUUCGGGGAAUACGGGCGUGAGAUUAUGUAUGUAUGUAUGUGUUACCGGCCAAACCCUAUUUUAGGCCAAACUAGUUUUGCCUAGGCUAAACUAGUUCAUCCUAUGUGCGAUCGGAUAAACCGGUACAGACUAGGCCAAACUGGUCUGUCCUAAGGGUGAUAGGAGAAACUAGUUUAUCCUAGGAGGAACUAGUUGAGCCUAAUAAAAAUAAGUUCACUUCAGGAUAAACUAGUCUGGCCUAGUCUAUACUAAUAUUUCCUAGUCAGAAAUGUUUAAAGUCGGCGCCGUAUUUACCUGGACUAGAAUGACAGUUAUGUUUUAAGCUAAAGUAGUCUUUACGAACGAGACACAAAGUGUAUUAUGCGUUGUGUUCAUUGUCGAGCCAUACUUAUGGCAAAAUAAGCUUUGAUUGUUCGGCAGUAAAGUCGUUUUUUGCUUAAAACAUAACUGUCAUUCUAGUCCAGGUAAUUACUGCGCCGACUUUAAGCGAGUAGGAUUCCCCGGUACGUGUCGAGUUUUGUAUAUUCGGGGAAUCCCCCGAUCGUAUUUCUCACGCCCCGCGCGUCCCCCACCGUCGUCGCUUGCCCAGUUACGCUCAUUCUGCUUUGAAUUGAGGAAGCGUUAGGUGAUACUCGUGUUUUGUAUAUUUUUUCGGUUUUGUUUUAUGUUAUCAUGGAUGAGCCUUCUACAUCUAGUAGACAAGCAGAUCAGAAAAUGUGGAGAGAAAAGUUUUUAGCAGAAAUUUUGGAAAGUGAAACAAGAAAGUCUUCUCAUUAUAAUGUGUUAUUAUCAGAUAAAUAUUCGGAACUGGUUGAACAAGUGGAAGAUGCUGAGAAGUCGGAAAUAAGGACACCCUUACAACAAAGACGACUAAAACGAUUUGGUGUGCUAAAAAUAGGAGACGUAAAAAAACUAAUAGCACGGAGGGAUGGGAAUAUAAAAUACUACCUACAGGCUGAUGAGCUUUAUGAUGUGAUUGACGCAGCUCAUGUGGCGGUUGGACACGGCGGACGUGACAGAAUGUUAGCCGAGACAUCAAAAAAGUAUGCUAAUAUCACAAAAGAAAUAAUAAGCCUCUAUUUAUCAAUGUGUGAUGUAUGUCAACAAAAAAAGACAAAAAAGAAGAGAGGACUAGUUUCUAAGCCGAUUCUUCACACUGAAAUGAAUAGCAGAUGUCAAGUGGAUUUGAUCGAUUUUCAGACACAACCAGACGAACAAUUCAAAUUUAUUAUGGUUUACCAAGACCAUUUAACAAAAUUUGUUCUUCUGCGUGCGUUAACAUCUAAGAGAGCGGCAGAAGUGGCCUACCACCUGAAUGAUAUAUUUCUGACCAUAGGAGCACCAUGUAUUCUCCAAUCCGACAAUGGUAGAGAAUUUGUCAAUAACGUGAUUAGUGAGCUCGCAACUCUUUGGCCAGAACUUAAAAUUGUGCAUGGAAAACCAAGGCACAGUCAAAGUCAGGGUUCCGUUGAACGCGCUAAUCAAGAUAUAGAGAACAUGAUAAGUUCCUGGCUGAAGGACAAAAAUUCAACGAAAUGGUCGGAGGGUUUAAGAUAUGUCCAAUUUAUGAAAAACCGUGCCUUUCACUCGGGAAUAAAGCAAUCACCUUACAAGGCCUUAUUCGGGAUAGAGCCUACGCCUUUCGACAUCGUCGUUACCGCAAGAUAUACUAAAAGAUAUUCAGGACGAGAAUGACCUUAGACAAGUUAUCGAAGAUGAUUCGGAAUGUAACCAGAGUGAAGAUGGCGAUGGCUGCGUUGUGGAAAUUGACACACAAAACAUUAAAGAUGCUAGAAAAAGUGCGGCAGAAAAUCUUGAAAAGCUUCUUCUGACAAAUCCCAUCCACCUGCCAACAUAGGAGACAAUGUAACUAUACCAUUCCAGACGUAGACAAAGGCAGAGGUGAUCUCAGAAAUAUAAUUGGGGUUAUUCUUCAGAGAAACGAUGAGGGCUUUUACAAAAUUGGCACCAAACAUGGUGUAUUGCAAAAAAUAUACUGCAGAACUGAAUUCGAUAUUUGCAGUCAGAAAUUUUUGAGCGUAGGCGAGGUUGACAAAGAUACUGAAAUAUCUCUGAGGACUGCAGCCACUAAACAUUCAAUUGGUUCAGGGCAAGGAUUCGUAAGGUGCAGCUGCAUAAGGAACUGCUUGACAAACAGGUGCAAAUGCAAGAAAAAGAAGGUGCUCUGCAAUUCCAAAUGCCAUCAGAGUACAGCAUGCAAAAAUAAGUGAAAUUUAUUUUGUUCUAAAUGAUAAACAUUAAUAAUACAAUCUUAUCUAAUUAAUAAUUUACAAAUUACAAAUGAUAAAUACAUCUUGAUUUUAUAACUAGUA